AUGGGCCAAUGUGGAGUGUGUUUAACGACAUUUCUUGGAUUUGCUGCGAUAGUCUUAACAAUAACAGGUAGUAUCAUGUUUGGGAUACAACGUCACAAAGAAAAUUAUUUUGUGGAAAAUAACUGUUUGGUGUUGAAAGAGGAAAUCAUUAUACAUUCAUGUUCGAACUAUGCGAUUUGUUAUGUGCCUAUAUGGACUGUUCAAUAUGAUAGAAAGUUGGUUACGAUAAGCAAUAGUACAACACUUGUUCGAAUCAUGGGUUCGUAUUUACGUAAAUAUGUGGACGCAUUGGAUGAAUUAGAACUACAUCCCAUCAACUCUAGUCACAAAUGUUACCAUGACAAACGAACAAGCGAGAAUACUGCUCAAUGGGACAAGCCUAGUUCGACAAAUGGUUUAAUUGUUCUUGUCGUUGGAUGUGUCUUGAUAUUCACUACUAUUGUUGCAUGCUCUAUUAUGUUUUUCAUGCACAGAUAA